AUGCUGGAGAACUUUACAAAGAAUAUCGUCAAAUCAUUGUUGCGCUCAGACGCGGGCGAGGAUGAGGUUCUGGAUAGACAAACGGCUCACAUUGAGUCUGGUGGCGCCCACAUUCGUCCUGACAUUGAUAAUCACUGGGCGUCUGCCAUGGGAGACAUCAUUCAAGUUUCAGGCUGUAGCUGUAUCUGGUGUAGGAGAAAUAGUGAAUCGGACGGAGACCCGAAGGUGGAAGGGGGACAACUGAGUCAAUCUCCACAUCCUCGCAUCCGCCCACGGAAGGUGCGCGAUUCAUCAAUGGCUACGACAAAUGGGAUUUUGGAGGUGCUGUAUCCUCCAUCAUAUCUUAGCACCCCUCCGGUUCUCGACCCUGAGGCUAGUCCUCCCGCUUACGAGCUGCCACUCACAGUACCUCCAAAUACUCCGCGAGUCAAACCACCCCCACUUUUUUCCCCGGGCGGGGACCUCAUCCCCUUUACCCCUCGUCUUCCGCAACUCACUCCUGAAGGUGUCCCCACUCCUUCCACGGAGCCUGUGCUAUCUUACCACUUGUCCGAUGCUCCCCCUGACGUUGCCGUUCCAAGCGCACGAUCUCAUCGUCGACCAUCAACACAAAUUAAGCGACAACCAAUCACUGGUCUUGGACUGGAGUUUCCUACAGAAGCUGCUAAUGUUGAGCCUCCGGCAUACAGUCGGUUCGAUUCUUCAUGGACUCGGUUCCCAGCUGCUUCUGACACGCUGGGACCAUAUCCGCAUAUCUCAAUUCUUUCCCCGAAUCUGGGGUGA